UUUGUUCUUUGCCAAAAGCUCUACACGUCGCGAAUAUCGGCGUCGGCGUCUGCUUCUGCUACGAUGUCAUUUAUAUUGUCCGACUUCGUCGCGUCUGUUUUAAGUGUAGUUGCUGUGAUGUACAACUUUCCUGGCCAUCGUAUUUGAUUGAAAGACCAUCUCUUGUGACAUUCUUCUCUAACUCACACACCAUGGAUAGAAAACAGAAAGACGGUAGCAACCGUCCAAACCCUUGGCACCAGAAAAGAAGUAGCUCAGGAGAGGGUAGAGGAAGCACUGCUGGUGGAUCUAGUUUGGCUAGAAAUGGUGGGGGAAAAGGGUCUUCCAAAAGGGGGGCCCCAGGAAGACCCGGUAGCAGUCAGAGCCAUGAAACAAAGAGUAUCUCUAAGUUCGAUGAGGCAAGGUUGAAAAUGGAAGAGGCCGUUAAGAAACAUAUGGUCCAUGAAUAUGAGUCCUCCGACGAAGAGGAGGACGUUCAAGUGGAUCCAAUUGUAGGAGCAGUACUUCAGUCCUAUGCAGCUUUGGGUGGUACUAAUGUAGAUCUUGGUCGAACUCAAUAUUUUUUGGAAGAGUUAUUUCAAUCCGGUGCAGCAACAUGUCUUAUAUGUAUUGGCACUGUGAAAAGAGUUGAUCCAGUUUGGAGUUGCUCUGCUUGCUUUUGUUUUCUUCAUCUAAUCUGCACACAACGCUGGGCCAAAGAUUCCCUCUUGCAUCAAAAGCAGGCUCUAGAAGAUCUCCCAAGAGACAAGCACCCUUCAAAACUUACUUGGCCAUGUCCCAAGUGUCGUAAGGAAUAUGAAUCCGACUCUGUGCCUCAGAGGUACUUCUGUUUCUGUGGUCAAAAGGAGAAUCCACCUCAUCAUUCAUGGCUGGUUCCCCAUUCAUGUGGCGAAACAUGCGGACGACCCCUUCAGCCUGCAUGUGGACAUACUUGUUUACUUUUGUGUCAUCCAGGUCCAUGCCCACCUUGCCCUAAGACAGUUCGUGUCUCAUGCCACUGUGGGAAAGAGUUACCUAAGCCACAGCGCUGCAGUCAAAAGUCUUGGUCAUGUGGCAAUGAAUGUGGGGCAGUUUUGUCUUGUGGAAGUCAUCGUUGUACGUCCUCCUGCCACCCUGGUGCAUGUGAACCAUGCUCCAGGAAAAGCGAACAAAAGUGUGCAUGUGGGCUUCAAAAACAAUAUCGCCCAUGUUCCACUCCUGUUUGGAAUUGUGACAAGGUUUGUGGGGAAAAGCUACCAUGCGGCAAUCAUUUCUGCCAAAGGAUAUGCCACUCUGGGAUGUGUGGUUUGUGUCCCCUUGGUCAAAAUCGCACUUGUCCCUGUGGAAAAAUAACUUACAUGUUGCCUUGUACCGAAGACAUCCCUCCAUGUGGUGACACAUGUGGACGGAUGUUGAACUGUGGUAUUCAUGCUUGCCCUGAACGCUGUCACCGAGAUAAAUGUGGAACAUGUCUUGAGGUAACCAUCAAACUGUGCCGUUGUGGCCUCCACAAGAAAGAGUUGCCUUGUGCAAGAGAAUUUCUUUGUGAAACUAAGUGUAAACGUUAUAAAGAUUGUGGCAGACAUCCAUGUAAUCGCAAGUGCUGCGAUACGCAAUGCCCACCUUGUGAAAAGCUGUGUGGUCGCACAUUGACAUGUGGACAACACAAAUGUGAAUCAGUCUGUCAUCGAGGACCUUGCUACCCUUGUCCUGUAACUGCAUCAGUAAGUUGUAACUGUGGAGGUACUGUAAUACAUGUGCCAUGUGGGCGCCAAAGAAGAACUCGAGCUCCUCGCUGUAAUAGACUGUGUUUGAACCCACCUGAGUGUCACCAUGAGAAGCGAGAAGAUCAUUCUUGCCAUUUUGGUCACUGCCCACCAUGCAAUCAAUCAUGCAACUUUGUACAUUCUCCAUGUGGGCACAGAUGCACCAAACCCUGUCAUUCUUCUGUCUGGGUUAAAGUACAACAGCAAGCUCCAGCAGGCCCAUGGGAACUUGCUGCUCCCCAGCUUGUUCUUCGCAAUCUUCCUUGCCCUCCUUGCUCGGAACCGGUGAAUGUAAUAUGUUUGGGUGGCCAUGAUUUAUCAGUGAUGCCUUGUCAUGCAGCAAAAUCUUUGUCAUGUGGAAAGAAGUGUGGUCAACCAUUGAACUGCGGGAACCACCUUUGUAGCCUAGAGUGUCAUCCAAUCAAUGAUGGUGGUAACUGCGAAACAUGUGAAAGCGCAUGUGAACUGCCUAGGCCUGCAGGCUGCUCUCAUGAGUGUCGUCUCCCAUGCCAUCCAGCACCGUGUCCACCCUGUCGCAUUACAUUGCGCCCACGUUGCCAUUGUGGUGUAACUCAACUUUAUCUUAAAUGUGCUGACUGGACACAACCAAAUGUGGAUCUUGUUGCCCUCACAUCAUGUGGCAAUCCUUGUCCAAAAAGUUUUCCUUGUGGACAUAAAUGUACAUCAACAUGCCAUGUUGGAGAUUGCCCAGAUUCAGAAAAGUGCUCUAAGAAAACAAAAGUCUACUGUUCUUGUCGCAGGAUAAAGAAAGAGGUUCGCUGUGAUGUAGGGAGGUCUUUGGAAUUUUCUCUUGUAUGUGAUGAAACAUGUCAAUCACAGAAAAGUCAUAAAGAAAAGGUGCAAGCUGAAGAAGCUAAGCGGCGUCGAGCCAAAGAGGAGGAAGAAGCUAGACUUGAAGCAGAACGUUUCCAGAAAAAAAUUGAAGGGACUGGCCGUCGGAAGAACCGUGGGCGCAAUCUUGGUGAAGUUGCUGAAACCAACAAUCACUCUAGUUUUUUUUACAUGGUGAUAAUGGCAAUAGCAGUUGUCUUUGUUGCAAGUUUGUACAUAAUAUGGACUUGAGUCUAUAAAUAAUUAGGGGUGGGGGAUUGCAAACAUAAAAGAAAAAGUGCGUGUGGGAGAUAAUAGUUUUUAUUUUUGAAGUUUGCUCAUGGUUCAUGUCUGCUAGUUAUAAGUAAAAUUUAUUCUGACUUGGUUUGAUGCUGAACAAUUUCACCUAAAUGAUGGUCAACCUGAGUUUUAUUUGCCACCCUUUAUAUGUCAUACUAGGCACAAGAGGUGUAACUGCACUCCUGAAUUAUUAACUGCAUCUGGUGUUGUUAGGAGUAACCAUCCCUAAUUUUAAAUUUUCUUGAUUGUACAUUGUUUUUUUAGAGUUAAGUUAGGAUGUUUGAGAGCAAACUGUGUUUUGGGUGUGUUUUAUGUAAUUAUAUGUUAAGAAAAAACAAAUCCAUGGGACACUUGACAAUUUUCAGUUUAUAAUAAAGGGAUGAGGAAUGCUUUUCUGAA